AUGCUCAAGGUUCAGAAGCUCUACGAUGCGUGCAAAGCUGCCUUCUCCUCCCAUGCCGGCUCCGUACCGUCUCGGCAGCCGCUCCAGCGGGUUCGCGAUAUCCUAGAGUCCAUUGAGGCUGCCGACGUCGGACUCGACGAGGUCGCUGCUUGCUGCGAGAAUCGCAACGCCGCGAAUUACGGCGCAAACCAGGCCGCCACGGCUGCGGCAGUCGGGCGCUCCUCGCAAGGCGACGGCGCGGAGGCACGCGUCGGUUCGAACGAGCGGAACGGCAGCGGGGCUACGGUUUCCGCGGAUGGGCGGAACCAGACGGACGGAAACGCGAGGGGAGGCGGGAAAGCAACACGCGGCGGCGCAGCUGCGACUCCGAAAUGCUCUCCGCCAAUCACUUACCUGCACCUAUACGAGUGCGACGACUUUUCUAUCGGAAUCUUCUGCAUCCCAGCGUCGGCAACCAUACCGCUGCACAACCACCCGGGGAUGACGGUGCUGUCGAAGCUGCUGUUCGGGUGCAUGCACGUGCGAUCGUUUGACUGGGCUUUUCCCACUGAACCCUCCACCGAUCCUUACCAACCGCGCCUGGCAGAGCUAGUGGAAGACCAGGUGGUAGCAGCGCCGUGCCCGCCAGACAUCCUCUUCCCCACCAGCGGCGGCAACAUCCACUCCUUCACUGCACUCUCCCCCUGCGCUGUGCUCGAUGUGCUCGCGCCGCCUUAUAACGCGGAUGCAGGACGUCACUGCACGUACUUUAGAGAGCUCGUACCAGAGAGUUUCCCAGCGCUGGAGAGCACAGAGGGGCUGAAGGAGGGCGUGGAGUAUGGGUGGCUGGAGGAGUUUCAGCCUCCUGACAGCUUUGUUGUGCGCCGCGGGAAUUACCGAGGGCCCAUGGUGCAAGCGGAUAUGGAAGCGCGCCCGAGUCUGGUUACCCAAUGGCCGACUGGCGGAAAUCGCCGCGAACGUUCUGACGACGAUACUACCGAAGAAUCUGCGCGUCUCUCAUCCGUGGGAGGUGGAUCCCCUGCCGUCAUCACUAGUAGCGUCGCCGUGGCCAGUGCUGAUUCGGCAACUACGUCCGUCAUCAUCAGCGGUACAAGUAGCACUGGUGCCGCUACGGCUACUGCUACGACCGCUACUAGUGCUGCUACGGCUGGCGGUGAUCUGACGGCCGUGAUAGGCGCGGACGGCAGUAGUGACGCUGCCUCACCGCCGGAGAUAUUACGGCCGGGGAGCGGAGAACCAACGGUUGGAGUUUUGGGGGGAGAGAGCAGCGGGGAUGCGGGAAGCGCCGGGGUGGCGCAAAGCGGCGGAGGGUUGUUGCGCAGCGAGGAGGGGAGGCGCGGGAGGAGGCGUGUGCAGCGGCAGUCGUGGAGCGGCGCGUGCAUGUUCUGGAGCAUCGCUGCUCUCAUCGUCGUAAUCGCCGCGCUCGGCGCGUACCUCACAGCCGACGGGCAGCUUCCCAACGACACUGUGCGAUACGUGCUCGUCGCCACGAUCGUCGUCUUCGCCGUCGCGUCGCUCGCGCUGCUGCUAGCCAUCCGAUACGUCGACCCGGGCAUCGUACCGCCCUCCGCAGUUCCAGACCCCGUGGUGGUGCGCGCGGAGAUGGGGGACGUUGCCCACGAGCUGCUGCGCGACUCCACCGGCCAGUGGGUGCGCGCCAAGCUCAUUGCGCGCCAAGCGCUUCCGCGCAACCGCCACGCGAGCGCCCACUCCGCGGAGCGCGGAACUCCCCCCUCGGGCGCAACCGACGAAGAAAUGGGGCUGCCUGUCGAGGGGAAGGGGGGCGCGGAGAGGGAGGGGGAACCAGCGGAGGGGGGCGCGGAAGAGAAAGGGGGAGGAGGGGCGGAAGUGGUGGAGGAGGUGGAGACACAGCGGUACUGCAUUACGUGCCAUGUGUGGAAGGCACCAAGGACUAGCCACUGCUCUGAGUGUGGGUGCUGCAUGGAGCGGUUGGACCACCACUGUGACGCCCUGGGCACGUGCAUUGCGCGCCGCAACCACCGCUUCUUCAUCGCCUUCCUCCUCGCCUCCUCCCUCGCAGCCACAGCAGUCAUCGUGUCAGUCUGCUUACAGCUGGCAUCAGUGGAUUGGUCCAGGGGCCUAGAAGGUCAGCCAUGGCAGAUGUAUGCGCUGCUGAUGCUGCUGCCCCUCUCCUUCUACGGCGCAUGCCUGGUUGUCUUUGCGCUGCUCCACUGCGCCAUCCUCCUUUGCGACGUGACCACAAAGGAGUAUAUCCAAUACCAGCAAGGCAAGGCGACAGCAUCUGUCACCCAUCAGCGGACCUGGGAGGGUUUGAAGGAGAACUUGCAUGAUGUCGCUCGUUCCCAGCUGUUCCCAUGGGAGCAGCGGAUACUGGUGGUGGAAGGAGUGGACGGCAAGGUGCUGCAGCGUUACGCGGUUACUGCGCUCACAAACGAGACGGCAGCGUCGUGGGGCAUAAUGGCCAAUCCCACGGCUCAGUGGGCGAUGGUCACUCUCCCUGCUGCUCCCUGCUUCGGCUGCACGAUCCGCCUCACACAUCAGCCCGUCUUCACACAAUUCCCCUUCUCCUCUUGGUCUCACAUUUCCUUAUCUCCCACCCCUCUGUUCCUCCCCCUGUCUCUCCUCUCUCCCCCUCACAGGCAGUGCUUCUGUGCGGAGGGCUGGAUGGGUCCACAGUGUGCGCAGCGCUCGCCCCUGUCUCUGGAUGCAGCAGUGGACACUAGCUCCUGGUGGAGGGAGUAUCCAUUCAACCUCACCAUCCACAUCGCUACCACUGCUGCCAACACAAUCACAAACGCGUCUGCUGGGGGCCUUUUCACUCCUACCAUCUCUGCUGCGUCGGCCGCUUCUGCUGGCGUUGGAAGUGACGGCGCGAUUGCAGGCGGUGGAGUGCGGUACCUGACGGUAUGGUGGAAGAUUCUCAAGGAUGAUACCCCUGAUGCGUCGGUGCCUGGGGGAUCCGCGCUCGCCUCCUUUGGACCGCAGGUAUGUGCUCUCAGCAUCAGCAGCUUAUGUGCACUAAGCCAGUGUGCUUAG